CAGCCGCUUAUCUUCUCGCGAGAUUUGUGGUUGCUUAGUAACCGAUGUCAACAGCUUGCUGCGAGGACACAUAUCGACUUUACACUUCUUAUAAUGGAGGAGACAACACCAGCAGGAGAGGACAUGUUUGGGUCCUUGGAGGAGUUCCACAUGGUCCUCGAUGAGCUGGCCGGGGACAAGAGCAUGGAGAAGAUCCGGAUGGAGUACCAGAAGCUCAUCCAUGCGCUGAAGAUGUCCCAAGAGAAUGAGAAGAGGCUAAUGUCCAAAUGCAGGGAGCUGAACGCAGAAGUUGUGUCCACCUCAACUAAAGUCUCAGCUGCCCUGAAACUGUCCAAGGAAGACGAGACAACAGUUACUUCACUAAAGCAGGAGCUGGACAAAGCUUGGAAAAUAGUCGAUUCUUCUCACGAUAAAGAGAAGAGGGACAGCGAGACCAUCAGGGCUUUAAAAGAAGAAGUUACCAACCUAAUGAAAAUGUCUGAAGAACAAUCUGGCUACUCUAGGGACGAAGAGCAGAAUGAUCUGCUAGUAAUACAGGAGGUGUUGACCAAGGAGAGGGAUGAUCUGUUGACGACCGUGGAGGGUCUGAGAAAGAAACUAAUCCAGGCCACUGCAGCCCAGCAGGAGGUCGAGGCCCAACGAGAUAGCGCCUCACAGAAUAUCUCUCAGCUCCAGCAGGAGCUCCAGGUACAAGAGAACGAGAUUUCACGGGAGAUGAGGUUGAAGGAAAAGCUGGAUAAGGAGGUAAAGCAGCUCCUCGUCGACCAGGAGGCCAAGAUGGGGGAUAUCAAAGCCUUGACUCUGCAGGGCCAGCGGGCCAAAGAGGAGCAACAGAGACUGGAGCAGCAGCUGAAAGAGCUAAAGAUCUCGAAUGAGCGAACCACCAAGGAUCUGGAGCAGCUGCAUGUGAAGAACAACAAGCUGCUGCAGGAUAGUGAGCAGCUCUCAUCAGUCAAAGAACAACUCUCCUUGGAGAAUCAUCAGAACGCAAAUGAGCUCAAGAUGAGAGAAGAGGAGGUGACUCUGAUGCGUCAGGAGAUUUCCAAACAAACAAAGAUGAGAGAAACCAUCCAGAAGAAGUACCACCAGAUGGAAGAUCAGAAAGCUGAUGUGGAUGUGCAGAGGGAGACACUGAAGGCUCAGAUCGCUGGUCUGGAGAAAGAUCUUGAAUCUUCCCGAAAGCAAGUUGAAACUGACAAGAAAGCCAUAGACGAGCUUGUCCGAGAGAGAGACAUCUUAAAUAAGAACAUGAUCAAAGCUGCGUUGUCAACCGAGAAACAGCUGAGCAUCGUGAAGCUCCUGCAGCAGGAAAAGAAGACCUUGAAGCACGAGAUCAGCGGCCACCGCCAGGAGGCCCACAAGCAGCGCAUGAUCAUCCAUCAGCUGGAGAGAGAGCGUGACCGCUACAUCAACGAGACCAGCAACCUCAUGCAGAAGGUGCAACAAAAAAUGGAUGACAUUGAAGAAAAAGAGACGGAGGUAUUUGACUGGAGGAAGAAAGUGACUGAGGCAGAGUGCAAGCUCAAACAGGCAGAGAACCUGAUGGAGUCUGUUGUGUGCGAAAGGAACCUCUACAGCAAAAACCUCAUCGAGAGUCAGGAAGAGAUUGCAGAGAUGAAGAGGAAGAUGAAGAUCAUGAACAACCAGGUCACCCGACUGAGAGAUGAGAUCACUGGGAAGGAACUUGCCCUUGCUAAGGAUCAGCAGGAACACAAGCGUUUGGAGAAGGAUAAUGAGGCACUCAAGGGGGAGCUGCAGUUGACAAAGCUCCAUCUUGAAGAAACAAAGCAGCGUGUCGACAGUCAGAAAGCAGAACAGCAAAAACUAGAGAAGUUUAUAGCAGACGCUGAUGCUAAGAAGGUCCAACGGAAGAAACAACUGGAACAGGUGAUCAGAGAGCAGGAGAACCUGGGCAAACAGCUGGUACACCGCAACGAUGAGCGCACGCUGCUCUACGAGAAGAUCAGGAUCCAGCAGUCGAUCCUGAAGAAGGGGGACUUCCGCUACACCCAGCAGAUGGACGACGUCCGCCUGCUCAAGCUGGAGAUCAUGAGUCUGCGGCGCAAGAAGAACAUCCUAGACAAGGCUGUACCCAACACAGAGGACCUGAGGCGAGAGCUGUUCCACCUGCAGAGGGAGCUGCUCAGAGAGAGGACGAGGAACAGCGUCCUCGAGGAACAGCUGAAGCCCAUAAAUAUUCACCGAUGGAGACGACUGGAGGGCAGUGACCCCGGCAAGUACGGACUCAUCCAGAAGGUGCAAUCUUUACAAAAACGACUGAUCGCCAAGGCCCAAGAGCUUGAAGAACAUGAACUCCUGUUACAGGAAAAGGAGAAGCUGUAUGUGGAGCUGAAGCGCAUCAUGGCCCGGCAGCCGGGUCCAGAGGCAGCUGAGCAGCUCCAGCAUUGCCAGUGGACCAUCAGAGAGAGAACAAAAGAGCUCAAGGUGUUGAUAGCAGAGCUGAGGAUGCUCGACUCGAAGAUGAACGAGUACAAAAGUGAGAAUCAAAGAUUAGCCGAUGAGCUAGCAAACAUCAAGAAGAAGUACCUCAGCCAGAAAAAGCUUCACGGAGAGCAGAGGACCAAGACCAAGGUGGAGCAGAUUGAACCGCUGCCUCAGCUGAGCGGCAAACCCCACUUCACCGGAGGAGGCUUCAGGACUGACCACCCUGUGAGAAGAUAACGGCCUUUUUAAGGGAAUAUUUUAGGAGCCAUCUGACAUCUUUUACGUUGUAAUAAAUAGUGAUGAGUGCAAAUCUAAUUUCCAGAGAACUUUGAUCUCUGGGACAAGAAAUGCCUGCAGAGAUUCAACAAGGGAGCAAAUGGACCGGUCCGUGACAGAACCCUAUAAUUCACUCUGAGUGUUAUCUACCACCCCCAACUCCUCUGGCCAUGCAGCCCUUAAAACAAAGGAUCAAUGCAUAAUAAAAUGGACUUAUGCUGAGCUAACAUA